AUGCCUGAAAUGGUGCAAAGAAUUCGUAAAUUUGUUAACCUUUGGUAUGUCAGGUAUUUAGUUGCUACAGAACUGUAUAUGGUAGAGCCAUGGGAGAAGGUGGUAAUUCAUGUGUUCUUCGUACUUAUCUUCGGUUUAUUUUGGUACUUCAACUACUCCAUUAUUUUGAACGGCCUGCUGAAGCUCAAAGAUUCAUCGCGGCACGCUCAAAUCUUUUGA